CAGAGACAGUACAUCAGGCUCCUAUGUAAGAGAAAGACCGUGACCAUUCACCAUGGCAUAUGGCUUGCCAAGAAGGAACACAGUGCAAACCAUUUUGAAGGGCAGUUGUUACAAAGUACAGGAACCAUGGGACCUUGCAAAGCUCACAAAGACCUGGUACACAAACUUAGUGAACAUCAGGUUGCCGUUCUUGGGAGAAAUUGCUUUCGGUAGUCCUGUGAAGCUCACGCCAUGCAAAACUGUCAAGGAUGGCCUGCUCCCUUCAGCACAAUCCAUCAAACUUGAAAAUGAGUAUGAAAAAAAGCGCCUAGCAAAGCUGAAGUGUCAGGAGAACGCGUACGAGAAAAUGCAGGAUUUACUAAGGCAGCAGAGAGUCGGCUUGCGGAGACCACUUCAACCCAAGUGA